UGAUUGGUGUGGUAAAACAGCUGUUCCAAUUUCUUAUCCGUUUCCUUCGAGGGAGUGGGUUGGGUUUAUCAUCCAUCCCACUUCUUUGAAGUAAAGCUUGAGCGUUAGUGUCCAGGUGGAUCAAGCGAUCAGAAUUUAAGAAUGUCACGAACUAUUUUGGGCGAAGCAGUUUACCCGUAGUUCCUAAAGUGACGCUCUGCAGAACCCCAUUGAGAUCGACAGAAUACCGGAACCUUUGAAUCCAGCUGUUGAAGGAGCACACCGGUGGGUGUUGCUGAUCGGAUCAGUCCUCUUUCAAGCACUUCUUGGCUUCCUUGUUAGUUUUAGUUUUGUUUUAGUUUUAUUUUAGUUUUAUAUAUAUUUUUUUUCCUGGCGAGGCUCGUCGUGUCAAGCAUUCACUGUCCUUUACCGGGAGGAUGGAGAUGGGGAGGUGGAAGGGCCUCAAUGGCUUUUUCUCCUCCGUGUUCCUGUUUUGCGUGGUCUUGGAUGUACAGCUCGAUGGUCUGCUUGGCGCCUCUCAUGAAGAGAUUGAGCACCACUUGGAGAUGGGGAAAAAACUACUGGCUGCUGGUCAGCUAGCAGAGGCCUUGUCUCAUUAUCAUUCUGCAGUAGAGGGAGAUCCCAAGAACUACUUGACUUACUACAAACGAGCAGCAGUUUUACUUGCAAUGGGAAAGUCUAAAACUGCUCUCCCUGAUCUUAGCAAGGCAAUUGAACUUAAACCUGACUUUUUGGCAGCACGGCUGCAGAGAGGUAAUAUUCUGUUAAAACAAGGAAAUACUCAAGAAGCAAAGAAAGAUUUUGAGGAGGUGCUGCGUGGUAACCCACACCAUGAAGAGGCUUGGCUACAGCUGCAGCAUAUUCAAGAGCUAGAUCAGUUAAUCCUAGAGGCAAGGAAUGCAUAUAAUCGGAAGGACUGCACUGCAGCUAUCACCAUCAUGGAGAGAGUAAUUGAGUUUUCUCCCUGGGACCCUGAAGCCAGAGAACUCCGGGCUGAGUGCUACAUUUCAAUUGGUGAGCUUCGAAAAGCUAUCCAAGACCUUCUGCCCACUACAAAAUUACGCAAUGACAAUCGUGCUGCUUUUCUUCAGCUCAGCAGACUCUACUACAUUCUAGGGGAACAUGAAGAUUCCUUAAGCCAGGUACGAGAGUGUCUGAAACUAGAUCAGGAUGAUAAAGAAUGCUUUUCUCACUACAAACAAGUGAAGAAACUGUCUAAACAGUUGGAAUCGGCAGAGCAAUACAUUGCUGAAGAAAGGUAUGAGGAUGCUGUGGAAAAGUACCACUCUGUUAUGAAGACUGAGGCCAGUGUCCAAUUCUAUAGUAUAAAAGCCAAAGAGAGGAUCUGCCACUGCUUGUCAAAGAGUAAAAAAGCCAAGGAAGCUAUAGAUGUUUGCUCAGAGGCACAUCAAAUAGACCCAAACAACAUUUUUGUUCUACGUGACAGAGCAGAAGCUUUUAUUCUCAAUGAAGAAUAUGAGAAAGCUGUGGAGGACUACCAGGAAGCUCAUUCGUUUAAUGCAGAGAAUCAUGAGAUUAAAGAAGGUCUUGAUAGAGCCCAGAAACUACUUAAACAGUCCCGCAAGAGAGACUACUACAAAAUACUGGGAGUACAUAGAAAUGCAAACAAGCAGGAGAUUAUCAAGGCAUACAGAAAGCUCGCACAACAAUGGCACCCAGACAACUUUCAGUCACAAGACAAGAAGAAAGAAGCUGAAAAGAAAUUUAUUGAUAUAUCUUCAGCUAAGGAAGUCCUCACAGAUCCAGAAAUGCGGCAGAAAUUUGAUGCUGGAGAAGAUCCCUUGGAUCCUGAAAGCCAGCAGGGUGCAGGAGGAGGUCAACAUGGCUGGCCUUUUGAGUUUAAUCCUUUUGGAUCUGGGAAUUUCCAUUUUAAGUUUCAUUAUAACUGAACUGGCAACAUUGGUGAGGGGUUUGUGGUGAUGAGGGAGGUGAUUGGACUAAAACACCACCCUUCAUCUUUUUUUUUUUCUUCUCUCCCCCAAUUUCACUUGGAUGGUGGGAAAUCUGUUUUACUGUGUUACUGGCUUGAAGCUUCUUUCCGCUGUCCUGACUGUACUUGACUCCUUACUUUUAAAUCGGAGGAAGAAUCUCUUUUCCAGCUGUAAUCCGUAAACUACCUUCUUAGGACAGCUUGGAGGUGCUGCUUUGAGGCUUUUGUUUGCCUUACAGAAAGAACAAUGAAGACACUUUUUUUCCUCACCCUUUCAAGUUUACCUUUUUACUCUUUUUGCAUUUAUCCUGUUAUUAUGUUUAUGCUGGAUUGCAGCAGAACUCCUCAGAAAUAAUCAGUUGAAAACAUUGAAAUCUACACUGAAGGUUUUUUUUUUUUUUGGUAAUAACCUAUUCAUUGGACUUGAAAUAUAACAAAACAUAUCUGAAUGUGUAGCUGUGAUAAAUUUGAUAUUUCAGCUCUUGAUUCCGGGUUGCACUUGCCUGCACUUGCCAUGUGUUUUGCAGUCUUCCUUGCCUUUAUUUAUUUGUAGGUUUUUGAUUUUUUUUUUUCCUCCUCAUACAGUCCUCUUAAUUUCUAAAGUACAUUGUAAGUAAGGGCUUAUUAAGAAAUUAAUGUAGUGUACAGCCAGAUAAAUAUGGGAAUUCAGAUUUACUUGAACCAAUCGGUCAGUGCCCAAAGCAUCAUAGUUUUCCUUUUCUAAUGUCAGAAGGCUUCUCUUUUUAUUAAAAUAGUAUUUUUGUUGUCUGGUUUGACUGUUUGCACAACAAAACUUAAUUCUUUAAUCUCAUGCCUCAAUAAAAAAAAAUUUAUAUCAUUUUAACAUU